CGAUUUUGGAAACCUCAUGGCACGCAAGAUGCAGCCAGUUUAGGACUAAAUCCACUCUGACAAGGGAGCCUCGAUCUUCUCACUCGCUUGGCUCACCCCAGCCAUCUCAGAUCAAAGUCUUUGUCUUGUCCACACCGACUGAGGGUUGAUUCCACGGCAGCCUUACGGGGCAAUUCAGGCCCCACUCGGGAAGCAUGGUUGGAGUCGCCGGAAAAUCCAAGGGUUGCAAUACCUGUCGAGCACGAAAAGUUGCGUGCGACCAGCAAAAACCGGCAUGUGCUCGAUGCACUCGAUCCAAUCGAGUGUGUGGCGGGUAUGAGCGGAGCAGGGUCUUUGUCACGGUCCAGCCAGGAGCGAAGAAGAAACACGUGUAUCUCAAGUAUUCUCCCUCGCCGUCAGGAUCACCAACUGAGGUUUCUCCGCGCGCCGUCGAGACAUCGACACUCACGCUUGGUGGGGACGAUCAAGCACUCUGCUCAUUCAGGGAGAGGGCCCCGGCUUACACCCUGCUCCAGAGACACCACGAGAGCCACAACCUGGUUUUGUAUUUUCUCGCCAAUUGUCUCCCACCGGAUUGGUCCAAGUCACCGUCCAAAUCGUGGAUCACACUUCUUACAGAGCUCCCCAUAAAGACUCAAGCCCUGGAAGUAAGCGGUGUCGCCCUCGCAGCCGCAGCAGUCGGCCACAAAUUCAACGACCCGGCAUUGGUCCGAUACAGCCACAGCCUCUACACCCGAGGACUUCAGCAGCUGCAGCGCGCGCUGUGGAAUCGCAGGCUUGCCCAAGAUGAUGCCACGCUGGCUGCUUGCAUGGCUCUAAGUCUGUACGAGGCAACGGCAUGCCCGAAUGCCGGGUCAGAGGGGUAUUUUGGUCAUUGCCAGGGCCUUCUUGCCUUGGUGGAAGCGCGUGGGAUUGAAGCCCACUGCUCCGGCCCGGGCCACCAGCUGUUCCUCGGUGUCCGAAUGCCAGGGAUAAUCUACGCCCUGGAAAACCACUCUUCGAGCUUUCUAUCCGAUGCUGCGUGGCUAAAUCAACCGUGGGGUCAAACCCCGAAAACCCCCUUCACACAGGUAGUCGAUUGUCUCGCGCAGGCGCCCGGGAUUCUCCAGCAGGUGUUCCUCCUACCCAGCCUAAGCCCUGACCAACAAAUCGAGGCCUGUUUCCAGCUGAUCGCGGAAUGCUGGCAAAUCGACGCAAAGCUGGACAUGGUCUAUGCUGCCAUGCAGGGUGGCAGCUCGGACCCGCUCUACUGGCCAGUUGCCUCGAAAAGCCCCCCUCAGGCAGCACCCGAGCAUACAGAGAACCUCUUCCCGUUCGUUUUCCACUUUGCAGACUUCGAAACCGCAGCGACGCUCAUCCUACUGUGGGCGGUGCGGGUCCUGCUGUGGUCGGGUCUGUGCAAUUUGUACGAUGGCAUGUUUCCGAACAGCUGCAUGCUACCUGCUGAUGAGUCAGUGGGGCCACUUCGGGCCCUAGGGCAUCGGAGAGAGUAUGUCUCUAUGGCCUAUCAUGUCUGUCAAUCGGUGGAGUAUCUGAUGCAGGACGAAUUUCUGCUCGCAGGACCGCUGUCGGUCACUCCGGCGCUGGGCAUCGUGAUCGACAGUCUGCGGUAUCAGCCCGGCCAUGCCGCGGUGGUUGCAUGGCUGCGGGCGGCCCUGGACCUCGUUCGGCAGAAGGGGUUGGGCGUGUUGGAGCAUAGUCGUUGA